AUGAAUGAGACGUGUGAUUAUGACACCAAAUAUGAGCUGAUGAACUGAGGACUGGAAUUAGGGCAACAAACUGAAGUUGAUUUGCUUGUUAAUUGGACAAAGAGUUACCGUAACUAGAGGACAAAAAUUUACCUCAGCCGAGCAAGCCCUCCACGUCAAAAAUGGCAUCUUGGAAUUCGGUCCCACUUCAUGUGUCAUACGAAGUUUUGGGUUGGUUGACUUUUGUUUGCUGGUCUAUCAGUUUCUACCCUCAAGUUUACUUGAAUUAUCGUAGGAAAAGUGUUGUGGGAUUGAACUUCGAUUUUGUGCUGUUGAAUCUCACGAAGCACUCAUCCUAUAUGUUAUACAAUACAUCUCUAUACUUCAGCCCUACUGUUCAAAAGCAAUACAAAGAUAAGUACGGUCAAAAUGAGAUGAUACCUGUAGCAGCAAAUGAUGUUGCUUUCUCAUCUCAUGCUGUUCUACUCACUGCAAUUACCUUGUUCCAGAUUGCAAUCUAUGAACGUGGAAAUCAGAAGUUGUCCAAAAUAGCUUGUGGAAUUGUGUUCAUAACUUGGUUAGUUGUCACAAUCUGCUUCUUCAUAGCUUUGCCUGAACACCAUUGGCUGUGGCUUCUCUCAAUAUUGAAUGUGAUUCAAGUUUGUAUGACGACAAUAAAAUAUAUACCUCAGGCUGUCAUGAACUUCCUGAGAAAAAGUACAGAAGGCUGGAGCAUUGGGAACAUUCUGCUUGAUUUUUCUGGAAGCGUUGGAAACUAUGCUCAAAUGCUCAUGCAGUCAAUAGAUCAAGGUUCUUGGAUGAACUUCUAUGGAAAUAUAGGAAAAGUAAUGCUAUCUUUGAUUUCUGUAUUCUUUGACAUUCUGUUCAUGUUCCAACUUAUGUGCUAUUAUUGGCACAACAAAGGCCCAGAGGCAAAGAUUGCUCCUGAAGUUGACAUCACCAAGUCUCUUGAUAGACCAAUG